AUGGAUGCAGCUGAAGAUCGGGACUUGAAGCUCCAGCGAGCUUCGAGUGACCUGGUCACGGAGUUCUCGACCAAGCUGCCAACGCUGCUCUGGAGGUCUCAACCCGGAACCCCUCUCCGUACCCCACGCAAAUGGGCACAGGUGGCUAAGACAGAGAAGCUCGUCGCACUUCUUGAACCUUUCCAAGAAUGGCCUCAGCUUCUGGACCCGCAUUUGCAAAAGCUGCUGCCAACAUUAGUGGAUGCGUUCCUGGCGUAUCUAGUGAAGCAUCGCGGGCAAUAUGGCUCUCAACCCACAAAGGGAUCACAGAAUGCUGCAGUCUAUCCUAUUCCAAGGGCUAUUUGCAGACUGCUUUACACCUUCUGCAAAGUCCGCGGUGUCAAGGUCAUCAGUCGGUUUUUGAAUAAUGAGCCCAAAUACCUAGAUUCUAUGUUGCGGGCCUUUGUCGAAUGGGACGUUCUAAGCCAGACAGACUCUGUCGAAGAAUUUGCAGGUCUCGAGACACAGAGAAUGCAAUGGGAAGAGCGCUACGUGAUGCUGGUCUGGCUCUCGCAUCUUCUUCUGGCGCCGUUUGACCUAACCUCGUUGUCGUCUGAUGACAUUCCCGUCCCCUACGAUAACCUGCAACAGUUGGGUGAGGUACCUUCUCAAACACCCAUGGUCGCAAAGUCUGUGCUCUCGCUGGCACUUCAUUAUAUCAAUGCUUCUGGCAAGGAGCGUGAGGCGGCUACUGCUCUUCUGGCACGACUCGUCCUGCGCGGAGAUAUGCAAGCUCUCGGUCUUCUGACCGGCUUGACAAGCUGGGCUUUUACUAAGAUCAACCCUGUUGGGAGUGGGGAAGUACCUUCGGUCUACUCGUGCAUUGGAAUACUCUCUUUCAUCGCUCGUCUGGCGGGAUCUGGCCAUGCCGAAGAUUUUGCUCCCUUGCUCAAGAAUGUGUUUGAUCAAACUCUGAAUAUUGUGGAGGGGAAAUCGGAGGUAUCUGCAACCAUUGAAUCCUCUGCGUUGGCUCGGAAGACUGUCGUCAAGAUUCUUCGCAAUAUCACAGUCAUGGCCUUGUCUCUGAGUGAGAGGGAAGACAGCUGCAUUACGGAUGACCAGUUGUCCAGCAUUCUAGAAGAAGCGAUUGACCAUUUCCUAGUCGCUCUGGCUGAUAAGGAUACCCCGGUGCGGUUUGCUGCAAGUAAAGCGCUCAGUGUUAUCACCUUGAAGCUUGACCCGGAGAUGGGCACAGAGAUCAUCGAGGCAGUCAUUGGCUCAUUGGGAGAGAAUAUACUUUUCGAAAAGGACGAUGGUGCUUUGAUUACGCCAUUUGAAGCCCGGAACGCUGGUAUUCAGCUGCUCAAGCGUAACCUCAGCGCUGUUGAUUCCCAGAGGUGGCAGGGUCUGAUGCUCACACUCUCUCAUUUGCUGUUCCGUCGCGCACCCCCAACUCAGCAAUUGCCUGACAUCCUUCAAUCACUUGUCUCGGGUCUCGAUUUCGAGCAGAGAUCAUCGACUGGUAGCUCUGUGGGAACGGGCGUUCGAGACGCUGCUUGCUUCGGCAUUUGGGCUCUAUCUCGGAAAUACGCGACUACAGAACUGCAGGCCUUGCAACGUCAGACUAUCCCGGCGCUUUCCGGAGUUGCCGAGGUCGAUGUUUUGCAGAAGCUUGCAGUCGAGCUUGUCUGCUCAGCCUGUGUCGAUCCGUCGGGAAAUAUUCGCCGUGGCGCCUCUGCUGCUCUGCAAGAGUUGAUCGGUCGUCAUCCCAAUAUUAUUAAGGAAGGAAUUCCUCUCGUUCAGGCCGUGGACUAUCAUGCGGUUGCACGCCGGUCUCGUGCAAUGAUUGAUGUGGCCAAGGCUACUGCCUCCUUGGACCCAAUGUAUUGGAGCCCGUUGGUAGAAGCUCUGAUGCAAUGGCGGGGCAUUGGCUCUCCAGAUGCCGAGUCAAGGAGACAGGCCGCGCGGGCUAUCGGUGUUCUGAGCAUGCAGCAGAAAUUCAAUACUAUUAAAGCGGUUUUGGAAAGACUGCUCCGCAAGCUUCCUCGGAUACCGAAAAGUGAUGUUGAAUCACGACAUGGGUGCUUCUUGUCAAUUGCUGCUACCGUUGAUGCUUAUACUCACGAAUGGGAAACCUCACCAGAUAUGAGUGACGUAUCGGAGGCAAAGGAAGUUUUAUCUCAGGUCACCAAGCUGUGGGAUAUCUUUGAGUCGCCAUCAAGUCCCACCGAUAGAGACUUGACUCGUCAAAACUCUCGUCCUGAGUUGACCUCAGAGGCAUCUGCUUGUUUGAUCUCGUCGCUCUCGCGUUCGACCAGAUCAGUCGGGCUGUCUCCUCCUUCGGAAUCAUUGCUUGACCGAGUCCUUCAUAUUCUUUCACUCUGUGUCUCUCGAAGUGAUGACAUAUCCAUUGAAAUCUCAUCAACCGCUUUGUCCACGCUCUUCCCACUACUAUCACUAGCGAAACAAGAAGAAACCGUACAGGUCUGGUUUUCUCACUUGCAUACCUCAUCAAAGCUACCUAGUGGCCGUGGUCAGAUUCUCGCUCUUGGAGCAGUCUACAAGCAGCUUGAAGGGCGCGAGAACCUGCGGGAAGACAUCGUCACAGCGUUGCUUCGCUGUGCAGGAAAAGAAGAACUCAUCGAGAAACGAGUGGCUGCUGUAAAGUGCUUGUCAACAAACAUUUUGCCGUACACUGUCACCGUCGAUACGAUUGCAAAUGGCGUUCUGGAUUUCCUUAACGAUUAUACCACAGAUAGACGAGGUGAUAUCGGAUCACUCAUCCGUGUGGAAGCAGUACAGGCAGCGAGUAUCCUGUUGAAGCCAGAUUCGCACUUACCACCAAGCUCACCAGUCGUUCAAAGUCUGCUUGGCUGCAUUUGCCGCUUAGCAUGUGAGAAACUCGACAAGGUCAGAUUGCAAGCCUGGCUUUGCUUGCAAGAUUACUGGGAGUCUGUGUCGGUCGAUUUUCCUCCGAUGCAAAGUAAAUACGAGCACUUCAGCAAUGUAUCUUCACAAGAAUACUUUGACCAAUUGCUGACCCUGUACUCCAUCGAGUGGCUACGCCAACCAUUGCUCCAGGGUCUGGCUACCUCGGCAACAGCAGGUGCUGAAGGUCUUGUUCGCUCAUCGCGUUCAGCUCUUAUUCAAUUCCUCAACGCGCGUGAAGCCGUUCAGCGCCAGGAUGUCCUGAUCAACAUGUUGCAGGACCUAUCAGCCGUCCUUCAUGCCAAUAUUUCGGAUGAUCGCUAUGCGAUUCCUAUCAUCGACUUCCUGGCGUUCUUGAUAGACAGCUUUGUACUUUCUAGCCCGGGAGAAUCAGAGCUAGUCUUCCGGAAGGUCUUCCACUUGGUACAGAAAGCUCAUUUCCGUUCAUCUAACAUUCAGCGGCUGGAGUCUGCUGUGAAGGUCUAUGCAGCUUUAUCGAGGCUGGAUUUCUUACGGAUUGAUGUUUUGAAGAAGAUGACCGGUUUACUCUUACAUCCUUUCCCGAGGGUUCGGGCAAGUGCAGCAGAGUAUCUGUACGUGGUAGCUGAGUCGGAGACGGUCAAGUAUGAGGACUGGUCUGCGCAGCCGAAGCAGUUGAAGGAGAAAGUGGAGGAACUGCGGAGUGUUCUGGUGCCGACCAGCUGA